AUGUCCGUAGCCACCCCAACUGUACUUCCUAGGCCACAAGUGUUUCCUAGGCUACUUGUAGACCCCCCUCAGCCGCAUCCUGUUCCACUACCAGCUUGUGGUAAAGGCAACUAUGGAAACCUCAAAGCGCGACGCGACUUGCAACGCGAAAUGAACGAAUUGAGCGACGAAGAAAAAGAACUGGAAGACCUCAACAUUAGCAUUCGUAACCGUGGAUAUACUUACAUGAUUCCGAUUGGAAGAACACUCACUAUACAAGAGGAGAAGAACGAUGCAGACGAGGAGUCAGAAGGGGCCUCGGAAACAGGAGAAUCUGGAAAUGGAGGACCUCCUUCUGGGGACGAUGCUGAUACAACACAAGAUCUUGACGCUGAAAUGGAAGAUAUGGAUGAAGAGGGCGAGGUUUCUGAAGACAACGAAAUGGAGGAAGCGGAUUCUGAGGAAUUUGAGGAGGGCCCCUCAGAUAUGUGAUCACGAAUUUAUGUCUUUCGAAUUUAUAAGGGGCCGGGCUUGACACCACCAUCGCCAGUCGAUUCCCGCCCAUGAAAUAAAAGUUGUCGAAGCUCGUAUGAA